AUGUCCAUCGUGGCGGACCGCUCUCACCCGCGUGAGGAAGGCCGCGCGUCGACUCGCGCCCGAUCUUGCUCCGAUUUCCCCAGCCGGCCGCCGGCCGAGAGGCUCACCGACGACCUCCUCGUGGAGAUCCUCUCGCGCGUCCCCGUCAAGGAGCUCUGCCGCUGCAAGUGCGUCUCCAAGCACUGGCUCGGCCUCAUCCACCACCCCGACCACCGCAAACGGCUCCCCCAAACCCUGGCCGGCUUCUUCUACGGCCGCAUUACCAGUACCACCGGGCAGCGGGUUCUGGAGCUGCCCUUCCGCUUCACUAGCAUCUCGGGGGACGGCCGCUCUCCGGUCGGCACCUCCUUCACCUUCCUGCCCAACCACCAUCUGCCCGUCGAUCUGCUCGACUCCUGCAACGGCCUCCUCCUCUGCCGAUGUUACCACGUUUCCGAUGGAGUUGGCGCAUUCCAUUAUGUCGUGUGCAAUCCCGCCACCGAGAAGUGGAUCGUUUUGCCCAACUCCGGCAAGGACAGCAGCCAGGUGGCCACCACAUCUUUGGGCUUCGACCCGGCCCUGUCACCGCAUUUUCAUGUGUUUGAGUUGGUACAGCAGCACAAUUAUGGCGAGAAUAAGAAUACCGACAUUUCCGGAGUGACAGUGUAUUCGUCUGAAACCGGGGAAUGGAUUUACAAGGAGAAGAGAUGGAGCAGAGCUACUUGGUUUGCUAGUUGGCACUCCUCUGCGACAGUUUUUCUCAAUGGCCUUCUGUUUUUUCGUGCCCUUGACCUUAAAUUACAUGAUUGUGUAGCCGCGGUUGACACAAAGGGAGAAAUAUGGAUGAAAUUCAGGGUCCCUGGUGGUCAGGUUGAUGCUUUUGUUCAGCGGUCGAUAUUCAGGGCCCCUGCUGAUCAGUUUGAUGAUUUGGAUCUGGCUCAUGGUUUUAUUCAGCGGUCGCAGGGCCGCUUGCAUUAUGCCAACUUUCAGAGGGAUAAAUAUGGUGUUGCCAUUUGA